AUGCCGAAACGCACCCUCUUCACCAACAUCACCCCUCUCCCCCCUCAGGUCUCGCGCGAGGUCGCCAUUGCUAUGCUGCACAACCACGAUGAGAUGAUCGAGCUGAACCCGCUGGUCAUCGAACACCACCCGAUCAAGACGCCACGAGACGCCCCGGCCGACGAAUUCUUGGACUGUGCCUGGCAGGAGCUGACGGACAAGAUCCAUUACCUGCCCGGCGGGAUGAUGAAGGGGAAAGUCAGCUACAAGGCCUGCUUCCACGACACGCCCAAUGGACUCCAGACACACAUCUACGCCCCCAUGGGCCUGGACAUCCGGGAAAAAUGGUCCAUCGGAGGGUCGCUGCCGGGCGAGCCCCCGGAGCCGCGAGAACUGGGCAUCGAAGUCCCUCGCACGGGCCUCUACAUCCGCGAAGACGGCGACAUGAGGUGCAACAUGCUCCUGACGUCGUUUGUGCGCAAGAACCUCGACAACUCCCACAAGGUCCUCGUGGAACGCAUCCUCAAAAAGGCUGAGCGCCUCGAGGAAACCGUCCAGACCAUGGGCGUCCCUGCGACCCCUGCUCCCGACACCCCUCGCUUCCAGUCCGGCUCUCACAUGUCGAGCUCGCAGAUCCUCAACGGCCCGAGCAUGUACCAACGGCCGAUGUCGCCUCAAAUGCUGUCGCCGCAGCAAGACAUGGGCUGGCAGACCAUGGCCCUCCACCCGGCCUUCCGGUCCGACGACAAGCGAAUGAGCACCUACAGCCUCCCUCCGUAUCAAGCCAACGCCCAACAACGGAUGAGCUACUACGCGCCCCUGAAGCAGCCCGAUCCGCCAAAACAGUUUGUGGCCGAGCUGCCCGGGUCGACGUACCACACCGGCCACCUGGUGCCCCCGGCCCACAACACUCCGCCCCUGGACCACCGGAUGAGCAUGGUGUCUGAACUGUCCGGGUCUGAAGGGACGCUCAUGGGCUCGCCCAAUCUCCAGGCCCAGUCCGACCAGAGCAGCCAGAUAACCGAGAACUUGAACAACGUCCAGCGGCUCAGCAUGAAGGACUAUUCACAGGAAAGUGCUCCCUCGAUCGCGUCGGGCAUGUCGGGGCCCCGCAGCUACUCGGAUCGGACGAGCGUCAUCUCGGAGCUCCCCUCGUCACCACCGCAACAACAGCAGCAAUGGUCGGAGAACAGAUUUUACCAGCAGCAACAGCAGCAGCAGCAGCAGGCCCCACGGUAG